AUGGCUGCGCCCGGCGGCAAGGCGUCGUCGCGAUGGGGCUCGUUUCUGCAGCAGGCCGUGGCCGGAGUUGAGUCGCGGCUGGACACGAUUCUGGCCGAGUCCGACGACGAUCGGGGUGCGGCGGCUACUACGGCGACGAACAACGCAGCCGGCGCAAAGGCGUCGAGUACUGGUAAAGACAUAAUAAUCACAGCAACCUCCCGAGCGUCGUCGACGAACCGCGCAAAUGACCGGCUGCAGGCGAGGCUGGCCAAGGCCAUGGCGGGCAAGAAUGCGCCGGCCGCGGCGGGCGUCGAUAGGGCCAGCGCGUCGCCGCGCAGCUCCGUCGACGUAGCCAGCCGGAGCUCCAUGGAGAGGGCGUCGAUGGAUAAGGGGGACAGGGCGGGGACAGAGGCGGAGAAGCAGGCGGCUGAGACGGAGACCGAGUCCGAGUCUACCCGGACGACUGCCGAUUCGACGACGACGACGACGACGACAACUACUGCUACUUCUACCACGGAAACGGCGACGACAAUACCGAUACCGAUUAUUAUAGCGGACGAGGAUACGGCUUCCGAGGUCGUAGUGAAAUCAGCUCCCGACGAAGUAAAAGGAGGAGACUCUGUGGCAGAUCCCCAAGCGCAACAAGAGGCGGAAAAGGAGCCCUCAAAAGAAGACGGUAUUGCGUCACUACAACCAGCCAAGGAUGAGGCCUCACCAGAAUCCAGUCAUGGAGCCACGGAAGAGAUACAAGAAUAUGUCGAGCGGAUAGACUCCCUGCAGUCCAAGCUCCAGUACCUGUCCAAGACCGCCGCCGAUGCAGCAAAAGAGGCCGCAUCUUCAGCGCGCCCCGGCAGCCUGGAGAAGAAGCUGGCGGAAAAGGACGAGCGGAUCGCGCUGCUGAUGGAGGAAGGCCAGAAACUCGCCGGCGCAGAGCAAAAGUACCGAGCAACAAUCAAGGCGCUGCGGCUGCAGAUGGGCGAACGGGACAAGCAGCUCGAUGAGGCACGGAAAGCGAGGGACAAGGCGGCCUCGGAAGCUGAGGCGCUGCGCAAACGCUUAGACGGAGAUGAAGAGAAGACUAGGCGGCAACAGGAGGCCAUCAAGGCGACUGCGGCCCUGCGCAAGGAGAUUGACAGUUUGAAGAAGGAAAACAGCAGCAAAGACGCAGCUAUCCGCCGGCUGGAGCAGGAAGUCAAGGCCAAGGAGGAGCAGGGCGAGGCUGCCAAGGCUGACGCCCUUAGCAAGGCGAUAGCCGCCGAACGAGCGAAGCAAAAGGAGCUCGAAGAGGCCAGUGCAGCGCUCAAAGCCGAGCUGGAGGCUCUGAGCGACAAGGCCCGCCUGGACGCCAUCGAAUGGGCCGAGAAGCUCGACCGCGCGGUCCAGCGUGGCAGCGCUGUCAAAGCCGAGCUGCGGCUCGAACUUCAGAACAUGGAGAGAAAGCUGGAAGGCGUGCGGGUGACGGCGGAAGAGGCCGCGUCAGGCACAGGCGGCGAGGCCCAGGUGAAGCUGUUACGGCAGAUUGAGACGCUGCAGUCCCAGUAUGCAAUCGCCAGGCAAAAUUGGCAGGGCAUCGAGGCCUCGUUGAUGGCCAAGACGACGAGCCUCGAGAGGGAGAGGGACGAGGCUGAGCGCCGAGAGUCGGAGAUGCGCAAGAAGGCGCGGGAUGCGGCCAAACGCAGCAGAGCCUUGGAGGAUGAGCUGCAAGACGCUCAACUACAGCUGGAGGCUUGCCGCGAGGAGCUGGCCGCUCUCAAAAAGUCGACCAAGGCCACAGAAGCGGCCCUCGAGCAAGUUCGCGCCGAGCUCGACAAGGAGAGGCGCGCAGCGAGCAGAACCUUUUCCCCAGACUCUGGGCGGCAGUGGAUCGACGAGGUCGCAGGGGCAACGGCAUCGCGGACCCAGAGCCGUCCAGAGUCGCCGCUGCUCUCCGUGCCGCGGACAUUCAGCUCCGAAGCCGUUGGACUGUCCGUGCCCCCCAGCCGCAUACGACGAUCCCCUACUCCCGUCAGUAUCGCGGACAAUGCGACAGAAGGGCUCGGUAUCCUUCGGCGGUCUCCACAUGUGCCGAUUCGUACGGGAACAGGCACAUCAUCCAUUACGGGAUCCAUUCCUCCCACUCCGUUCUCGCCUCUCGAACCACCCUUGGGAUCACCCCCCGCAAUACCUCCAUCCGUCACCGAGCGAGAGAACGAAAUCACCGAUACAGCCCCCUCUUCGCCUCGUAACAUUGCGCAGGACAUGAUUUCCGUGUCAACAGUAGCGGCAGGGCCGUCCGUCCAGCUGGUAGAGAGGAUGAGCGCCGCGAUCCGCCGCCUGGAAGCCGAGCGAGUGGCCGCCAAGGAGGAGAUGGCGAGGGUGUGCAGCCAGCGGGACGAGGCGCGGGCGGACAUGGUCGGUCUCAUGAAGGAGCUGGAGGAGGCCAAGGCGGCGACGGCGAGGGUGCAGGAGCUGGAGAAGCAGGUGGCCGAGCUGGACACGAGGUAUCAGACCACGCUGGAGCUGCUGGGCGAGAAGAGCGAGCUGGUGGAGGAGCUGAGGGCGGAUGUGGACGAUGUCAAGGCCAUGUAUCGGGAGCUGGUGGAGCGUACGGUCAAGUAA